AUGCAGGACACUCUUGAAAGUUUUAACUUAAAAGAGCAAAAUGCAAAAGGAACUGAAGGUUCCUUGGAGGAAAUAGAAAGUACCGUGAAUGAAAUUGUAUCUUUUGUUCUUCAAUCAGGUGAUGAAGAAUCGAGAGAACCUUAUAUCGGUAUGAAGUUCCAGUCACUUGAUGUUAGAUUUAAGUUUUAUCUUGAUUAUACUCAUCAUAAUGGCUUUAGUGUGCGUAAAAAUAGAAUUACUAGAUCAAGAAAACAUAAAUCAAUGAUUGAUCGAGAGUUUGUUUGUGCAAAAGAGGAAUUUCACUCAAAGAAAAGUCUUAAGAGUGAUAAAAAACGAGAUGAGACUAGAGAAGGGUGCAAAGCGAUGAUGUAUUUGUCAAAGAAAGAAGAAGAAAAGUGGGUUAUAGCUAGGCUUGUUUUGAAUCAUAAUCAUGAACUUGCUUCUCCUCAAAGCCAAAUUUUUUUGCGAUAA